AUGAGUUUCCUUGAAGCUUUGCAAGCUAAACGUAAUAAAAUGAAGAGCUGUGAGACAAUUGUGACCACUGCCACGGGAGAGCGUUUUAAAGAAAAUACCACUACUCAGGAAAAGAAAAAACUAGAACAAGAAACGAACUCCAAUUCUUAUGGUUUUGUGAUUGAUACCAAACCGGACUUCAAACCAGCUUGCAUUUUACCAAACCACCUCUAUUUUGGUUCUCAAGACUCAGUGACAUUGGAAAAUAUUUUAGAAUAUAAAUUAACACAUAUUUUAAGUAUUGGCAUAGAAUGUCCUCUAAAUGAUUUACCAGAGGGCAUUAGUAAUUUAUUUAUAAAUUGUUUAGAUUUACCAGAAACUGAAUUAACAAGUGGAGUAUGGGACCAGGCAUUUGAGUUUAUACAAAAUGCCAUGGCUAAAGAUGGUUGUGUUUUGGUCCACUGUAAUGCUGGCGUAUCGAGGUCAGCUAGUGUUGUCAUUGCUUAUCUCAUGAAAUAUCAACACAUGGAUUUUGACAUGGCCUACCGAUAUGUUAAAUCGAGACGUGAAUGCAUACAACCAAAUGCAGGAUUUCUAAAGCAAUUACGUAGUUUUAAGUAACAAAAUAGUUAUAGAGUUUUAUAUUUACUAACACAGUUAAUGUAUAAAAGAAAUUAAAUAUUUUUUGCUUCUAAGAAAUGUUGAGGUCUUAUCUAAAAUCGAUUAAUUUGAAUAA